AUGCCUGAUUUAGUUGAUGAUACAGAUGGAGAGAAGAAAACUGGAGAAAAGGAAGUUGAUGAAAUAAAGAAAGUUAAGUCUUCUUUUGUUCAGAAUAAGUCUAUUCCUGAUGAUAUCUCCCACAAUAUUCAACAUAAUGAACCUUUAGAAGGUUUUCUUGACAAAAAACCUACUCCUGUGAAUAUCCACAGUGAUGAAGAAGACCAAAGCGAAGAAGUUGAAAGACAAAAGUGGAUGGAUGAAAGGAGAUUAAACUAUACUAUAAAUUCUUAUCGCAAUCUACCAGAAUACAAAUUAAAGGCUGAUAUACCUAGUUUUUAUGGUGGUUUACAAAUUGAAGGGUUCCUGGAUUGGUUUUAUGAAGUCGAAUCUUUCUUCAAGUUCAUGGACUUCCCUGAAUCUUCUAGAGUAAAACUGGCAUCCUAUAAAUUGAAGGGUGGAGCUGCAGCUUGGUGGGAAACACUUUGUGAAGAUCGAGAUAAGUAUCACAAACCUCCUAUACUUCCUUGGACUCGCAUGAGACGUUUAUUAAGAGACAAGUUUUUACCAAAAGAUUAUAAGAAACAACUGUUUAUCAAGCUUCAAAACUGUCGACAAGGAGCUAAAUUGGUUGAAGAAUAUGUAGCUGAGUUUUACGGUUUGGUUGCUCGUAACCAAUUAAAAGAAACUGAAGAACAAUUAGUUGUACGUUUUAUUUAUGGUUUGAACAAUUUAAUUCAACAAGGGAUGACACAAUCAUCAUUUACGAUGGUUGAAGCAAUACAACAAGCUCUUAAAGUUGAAAGGCGUGUCCUCAGUUCAACAGUCAUUGUUGAUCCAUAUUCGAAAAAGUCAACUGUCUUAGUUGAUCCACAUGACAGAAGCAUAAACCAACCUUAUCAGCAACAACAAACAUCUGGUUCUUCAGAUAUUGCUCCUUUGAUGAAUAUACCAUCUACUAAGCCAUCUCAGACUGCUCCACAACGAGAUGUUGUUCGUAAUAUCAGAGGUAAUCAAUUUCAACAACAAUUUCCUCUUUUACCUAAAUCAACUAAUCCUUAUUCAAAGUUUCGGUGGGAUAAAUGUAAUAAGUGCAACCAAACUGGCCAUACUUCUAGUGAGUGUCGCAAGUUUCAUGCUUACAUUAAUGAAACUCAAGAAGAAACACUGGAAGAAGAAGCUCUUGGAGAUGAUGAGUUACUUUAUAUUCAAGAACAUGAGACUUAUGAUGCUAAUUUCCUUGGAGUAAUUCGGCCAGUUUUUAUCACUGAACCAUGUCCUACUCAAAGACAUAGUAUUUUCAGAUCUCAUCGUCUCAUUGAAGAGAAGCUUUGCAACAUGAUAAUUGACAGUGGAAGUACAGAAAACUAUGUUUCUGCCAAACUAGUUGAGAAACUCGGUUUACCUGUUACUCUUCAUCCAAAACCACAUUCAGUUGGUUGGAUAAACAUUUCAUCCACUCAACAAAUCACUCAUCAAUGUCUUGUGAAGUUUUCUUUCCCUGGCUAUUCUGAUUAUGCUUUGUGUGAUAUUAUCAACAUGACUGCAGCAAGUUUAUUAUUGGGAAGACCAUGGCAGUAUGAUAUUCAUGUUGUUCAUAACUGCUAUGGGAAUACUUAUACCUUUGUUCAUGAAGUAUUUACCAAAGUUUUGUAUCCGUUACAAUCUUCUUAUUCUCUCAAAGAAUCAGCAGACAAGAAGACUACUUCUUUGGUGGCUAUAAUUGUUCAUUCGUUAAAUACACAUUCCCUGAGCUCUCAUGAAGUUACUAAACCUGUUAGAGCAUAG